GACUACUUAAUCCUUUUUAAUAUGAAUAUUUAAUUAUUUAUACAUUAAAAAAGUUUAUGAUAAUAGUUUUUAUUAAAUAAUAUUAGCUACAACAAACCAAAAGUUCAUUCCUAACCAUUAUGGCAUUAUGGGUGCAAUAAUAAUAUAACAUGAACAAAAUUUGGAAUACUACAACAAAACAGAAAAACAAAAAUGUAUAAAUUACCCUUUUCAUGAUUCAUUCACGUCCCUUGCAUUUUGCGUGUUCCGUCCAUUUUCUCUCGCUCUCUCAUCGGAGCUUCAGUUCUCCUCCGGCAACGAUCCACAAGAUUCGCUGCUCCACGCUCAUUCUUUCCUGCGAUCAACAACCCCGCCAUGACGACUGAGUAUGAUUACCUGUUCAAGCUUUUGCUUAUUGGAGAUUCUGGAGUAGGAAAAUCAUGUCUACUUCUGAGGUUUGCUGAUGAUUCCUACUUGGAUAGUUACAUAAGCACCAUUGGAGUUGAUUUUAAAAUCCGUACCGUGGAACAAGAUGGCAAGACAAUUAAACUUCAAAUUUGGGACACAGCAGGACAAGAACGUUUUCGGACAAUUACAAGCAGCUACUACCGUGGGGCCCAUGGCAUUAUAGUGGUUUAUGAUGUAACAGACCAAGAAAGCUUUAAAAAUGUGAAACAAUGGUUAAGUGAAAUUGACCGUUAUGCAAGUGAGAAUGUGAACAAACUUCUUGUUGGAAACAAAUGUGAUCUCGUUCAAAAUAAAGUUGUGUCAACUGAAGCAGCCAAGGCAUAUGCUGAUGAAAUUGGAAUCCCUUUUAUGGAAGCAAGUGCAAAAGAGGCCACAAAUGUGGAACAAGCUUUCAUGGCCAUGGCUGCUUCAAUCAAAAAUAGGAUGGCAAGUCAACCGUCCAUGAGUAAGUCAAGGCCUCCAACUGUUAAUAUUCGUGGACAGCCCGUUCAGCAGAGUGGUGGAUGCUGCUCUUCUUCAUGAGCAAAUAAAAAAUUUUAGAGUUAGAAUGAAUGUUAAUAUUCGUGGACAGCCCGUUCAGCAGAGUGGUGGAUGCUGCUCUUCUUCAUGAGCAAAUAAAAAAUUUUAGAGUUAGAAUGAAUCCCUUCUUCCUGACCUUAUAUUUCACUAAUUGUAAAAAAAAAAAAAAAAAAAAAAAAAAAAAAAAAAAAAAAAAACAGAAUAUUUUGUUUUCUUGAUGAGAAAUUGGGUUCAGCUGAGCUAAACCAGUAGUUAUUAUCUGGUUUAUUGGUAGUGAGGUUUUGUGAUGAUUUAAAAGAUUAUUUCAAUAUUUUGGCUUUGUGGUUUAAGGUCUCAGCUUGAACUGAAUCACAUAUUAAAACUUUAAAAAAGACUUGGUAGAGAGUUAUGGUCUCUAAUAUAUUAAAUCCUUAAAAAAAAAUUAUUGCUAUGAAAUGGACUUACAGCUCAUCUCAAAUCAGUUUUUCACUGAC